AUGGUGAUCGGUCGACGCAAAAUUGCGCGCGGACGGCCGAGCGGCGCGUCCUCGCGCGACGGCGGAGCGAGUUCGCGGCGCGCCGCAGCCGGAUUCCCAGCGAUUUCCAACAAUUUGUUGAUGGAGCGCGUCGAACAACAUACGGUGGGCGUGUCUGGGCCGCGGGUACGGUCCACGACGUCGGUGGGCGCCAGCCUGGCCCUCGGCGCCACGGCAUCGCGCUACGGCGGAGCGAGUUCGCGGCGCGCCGCGGCCGGAUUCCCAGCGAUUUUCAACGACCUUUCGGCGGAGCGCGUCGAUCAACAUACGGUGGGCGUGUGUGGGGCGCGGGUACGGACCUGGCUGUGUCCAAACAUUGUCAAGCUUUGCCCAACUCGGUCGACCUUGACUUUGGGAGCUGAGGCGCUCGGCUCGGAGAGCGGCCGCCGAGUUGCGGAGAGGGUUGCUACGAAGACCAUGUCUCGCGAAACACGGACAGCUCCACCGUCGGACCACCCUACGGCCUCGAUUCCUCGAUUCUCAUCGAUUGGCGGCGGUCUUUCCGAGCCAGUGUGCGGCGCCGCGACGCCCCUGGACGUCCAGAGCGGUUCCGAUGCCCUCUCACGACCGAUCACCGGGGCUCCGCUGGCCCGCGCGUCAGGUGAACGCGGUACUCGACAGCUACAGCUUGGGCGCCUCCUGCCAGCGCCUCGAAAACGACACCAACACGGCCUACAGCGACGACGCGCCCACGAACGCGGACUGGCGCUGUCGUUGCGUCGAGACAUCUUGUCUCGACUCCAGAAGACGCUCGGCCGUCGAAACGGUGCUCUGCGCGCCUGUUUUCCUGCCGUUGGUGCCUCGCCAGUACACCCUAGCCGUACUAAACCAGUACAAACGCGUCGUAUACGGCCCAUGAUCGGCUGCGGUUCCGGAGCCCCAGAUAAACGUCCAUCACGAUGA